UCAAUACCCGAUCAAGCAUAGCCUCUCCUCCCCACUGCGACACCUCGAGCUCGUUAGGCUUCGAGAGCGUAGAGCGUACAGGGAGAUCGAUCCAGCGGCUAGAAUGGCGGCGACAGGGAGCACUAGGAGCCGACGGUUCGCCGCAGCGUGCGGCGCUCUCAGCCGCUGCAUCAAGGCGGCGGAGGCGCGGCCGGUGGUCCUCCCCCUCAUGCCCGGAGCAGAAGUGCCCGCGCAAGACGAGCACGCGGUGGGUCCUGCACCGCAGCACGCGCAGAUGACCAUCUUCUACGGUGGGCAGGUGCUGGUGCUGGACGAGGUCCCGGCCGACAGGGCCGCCGAGGUGCUCCGUGUCGCUGCUGUCUCAGGCAGACCGCGAGGGGACGGCGACCUUCCCAUGGCGAGGAAGGCGUCGCUGCAGCGGUUCAUGGAGAAGCGCAAGGGGCGGCGCGCCGUCCCCUACAGCCGGCCCGACGGCGACGCGUUCUCCUGUAACCGUCUCACGCUUACGCUCUGAUCCCUGUUCAUGCGUACUAGAGUAGCUGAGUAAUUUACGGUCCAUGUAAAUGUGUGGCAGUUGUUGGAGUCCAAAUUUUGAAUUAUGACUAGAAUUAUUGA